AUGCCUGAACCUCCUGAACCCCUGAACAAACUAAGGGCAGUAAAAGUUAACGGAGUAGUUAAAGUUGACGGAGUAGAAAUAUGUCAGCGAGAGAAGACAUUACCGCAGUGGGCAAUUCCUUUAAAUCAAUCAACUUGUACAUCAUCUACAUGUUACUAUGGCACUAAUACUGAUCCACUGGUUAAUGAAAUGGAUGAUUCGUCCUCGUCCAAAGAAUCGUUAACGGAUAAUAAGAAUGGGGUGAAUUUUGAUAUUAGUCCCUCGUCAACUCCGAAUCAAUACGGAGAUUUGCCCAAGGAUUAUAAAUUAAUGAAUUUAUUGGGAGAAGGAGCCUUUUCUAAAGUAUACAAGGCGGUGAAUGUUGUCAAAAAUGAAACCGUUGCCAUUAAGAUUAUUGACAAGGGCAAUUUGUCCACGAAACAGUUGAUGAAUAUCAAGAAUGAAAUUAACAUCAUGUCCAAAUUGAACCAUAUCAACUUGUUGAAGCUUUUGGAUUCAUUCAAUAAUGAAUCUUAUUGUUAUCUUAUAUUAGAAUACUGUGAUGGGGGUGAAAUCUUCAAUAAAAUCAUUGAAUAUACUUACUUCAGUGAAGAUUUGUCUCGUCAUGUGUUUCUUCAGUUGUUAGAUGCAAUCAACUCAUUACAUGUGAAUAAUAUAGUUCAUCGCGAUAUCAAACCGGAAAAUUUGUUGUUUCAACAGAUUCCCUUUAUGGACCGGUCCCAUCAAGAGUUUGAAUCGUGCUUGAGAGACUCGGAUGAUGAUUCGAAGGUUGAUGAAGGUAGGUUUGUUCCGGGAGUCGGUGGUGGUACCAUUGGGAUCAUUAAAUUGGCUGAUUUUGGUUUGGCCAAACAAUUGAAAACCGAUGAUGGUAAAUCAAACUUUUAUUGUAAAACUCCUUGUGGCACUGCUGGAUAUACUGCACCAGAGGUAAUCACUUGUAAUAAUGGUAAUAAUGGUAAACGAGUUUUCAAAAAUUCAAUUAGUAAAAAUAAUCAUUAUUCAAAAGCCGUUGAUAUUUGGUCUCUUGGUUGUUUCCUUUAUACCAUCUUAUGUGGAUUCCCACCAUUUUAUGAUGAUGAUCAACAUCAACUAAGUUCAAAGAUUCUAAAAGGUGAUUAUGUUUUUUUAAAACCUUGGUGGGAUGAAAUUAGUGAUGAUGUAAAAGAUUUAAUCAUGAGAAUGUUGGACAUUAAUCCAGAAUCAAGAAUUACCAUUGAAGAAAUCUAUAAUCAUCCUUGGAUUAGUCAUUCUCAAAAUUUUCUGGUUAAUGACGAUACUUACUUUAACAUUUCUUCAACUUUACAGCCUUCCAUGAUGAAUAAAACUGUUUUGGCAUCUCCUAGAGCAGAAGCAAUUAAAAAAGUAUUCAAUAAUCCAGCAAUGAGUAAUUCAACUUCGGUUCAAUUCAUUGAGAAUAUUCAAGAAUUUUCCGAUUCCGAUAAUGAAAAACAACCCGAUGAGCCUUUAAAUAAAGUCAAUUUCAAAAACGUUUUCCAAUCAAAUUCAAUCAUUGAAGAUGAAAAUAGUGAUGAAUUAACUAGUUUAAGACAAAAAAUUCAUCAUUCAAUCACUUCUUCUUCAAAUUCUUCCAUCAACUCAAUGGAUGAUGAUUAUCAAACCCGUUCAAGUUCAGUCAUAAGCGGAUUGAAUGGAGAUUUUAAAUUCACCCUUAAUUUAAACGAUUCAAACUUAUUAACUAGAAGGAAAACUUCCAUUCUGUCAAAACACAAAUCAAGAAAUACUUCUUUGGAAAAUGAUCAUCGACCAAAUGAGUAUAAUCAAUGUGGUUUGGUGGAUAACCAUUUCUUGAAAACUCCAAAUAAUGUUGUUUCUUAA